CAGGCAGAUGGGAAGUCAUCCAAUCAUUAUCCUACUAUUGUGUUUCGUUAUAUCCUAUCGCGGUUGUUUGGUUCUUAAAGCAUCGGCGCAUUUAAACGGGGGCCACACAGAGCCGAUGGGACUGUCCGUGACUUAAAAUUCAGGGGAUGACGCAGCUACUGUAUCCCGCAGAGGAAUAACCGGAGCGCGCAGACGAUGAGCGGAAGCACCAGUGCGCACCUCCCUCCACUAAUCCGGCGGAGCGGCGUCGCUGUCUCCUCAGCACCACUCACUGACUAUUCAACCGAGCGGAGCGGCAAGGCGGGCGAACCUGACUUCUCUGCGACCCCUUUUGAGGAUCAUUUAUAAAUCAGUGCAACUUUUUGUUUCGCGUUUCCAUCUGCCGAAAGUAACAGAUUCGUUAGUAUAUUUUUUUUUCACGUGGUUUGCGGAUGGAUGGAUGAUUUUACGAUUUUUCACUGCGGAUUUUGAUUUGUUUGUUUUCCAUUCUUUCGCCGCGAACUUUGUUGUUUUUUCAUCCAUCUUUGGAAAAUGUCCACAAUCGUUCAAAUUUAACCAACCGUUGUUGAAAUAAGUUCAUUAAUUUACAGCAGACUUCCGGAGCCUUUUUUUUAAAUAUUUAAAUAUUAUUCUCCCUUUAAUACGUGGAGUUUGCGCGUCUAGUCGGGAUGCUGGUUGUGGUGGUUGGACUUUUGUUCCUGGUCAGUGGACGCACGGUGCGCGGCCAGGAUGCUACAGGUAGCCGCUUCGUCUGUAACGCCAUCCCCCCCGGCGCGGAGCCGGGCUGCGGGUACGAUCCCACGGUGAACCGUGUCCAGAGCAGCAGCCCCGCGGAGGACGAGCUGCGGAUCACCAUCCUUCAGCUGCGGGAGACCAUCCUGCAGCAGAAGGAGACUAUCGUGAGCCAGCAGGGGACCAUCAAGGAGCUCAACUCCAAGCUGGUGCGCUGCGAAGCGGCGGCCGACGAGUCGCCACAGGGCAAGUCCCGAGGUCAGGGCUCCAGGCGGAAGGAAUACGGCAAGAACACCAUGGGGGACCUGCCCCGGGACCCCGGUGAUACCAUAGACCAGCUGGGCAAGACCAUGCAGAGUCUAAAGGGUCGGCUGGAAAAUUUAGAGAGUUUGCGUCUCCCCAGCACCAACGUGUCAGCCGGAGUGGUCUCGGCUCUGUCUCCACUACCACAAGAGCUGCGGGAGCUUCUGCGGCAGCGUCUCGGGGCGCUGGAGAGCCAGCUCCUCCGGAAGGUGGUCGAUCUGGAGCAGGAGAAGAGCCAACUCUACAAUGAGACGGCGGCGCACCGCCGUCGCACAGAGAGCGCUCUCAAUUCCCUGCUGGAGAGGAUCACGGAGCUUGAGAAAAGUAACAAUGCCUUCAAAUCACCCGAGGAUUUCAAAGUCUCCCUCUCUCUUCGAACUAACUACUUGUUUGGACGCAUCAAGAAGAGCCUCCCGGAGAUGUACGCCUUCACCGUGUGUAUGUGGCUCAAGUCCAGCGCCAGUCCCGGCAUAGGAACCCCGUUCUCCUACGGAGUGCCCGGCCAGGCCAACGAGAUAGUCCUCAUCGAAUGGGGGAACAACCCCAUUGAGCUACUCGUUAACGACAAGGUGGCCCAGCUCCCUCUGUCAGUGAGCGACGGACGCUGGCACCACAUCUGCAUCACCUGGACCACCAGGGACGGUUUCUGGGAGGCUUACCAGGAUGGCGAGCGUCAAGGCACCGGGGACAACCUGGCCCCCUGGCACCCAAUUAAACCCGGAGGGGUGAUCAUCCUGGGGCAGGAGCAGGACAUAGUUGGAGGCCGCUUUGACGCCACGCAGGCCUUUGUGGGCGAGCUGAGCCAGUUCAACAUGUGGGACCGGGUACUGCGGCCAGUGGACAUCGUGGGUCUGGCCAACUGCUCCGCCUACAUGCCGGGCAACGUGGUUCCUUGGAUUGACGUGAACGUGGAAGUGUUUGGUGGUGCGAGUAAAGCCGCCCUGGAGAUCUGUGAGGAUCGCGCUUUCGAUUCCUAAAGGAGGUGAUGUGAGGAAGUUCAUCAUCGCCGUGGUAAUCGAGAGGCCAUGUAAUCGGACCGUUUGUGGCUGCAGUCAAAUCCCAAAGGAAAGGGUUCCAGUGCAACACUUUUACAUGUUUAUAUGGUCCAUUGAAUUUGAGCCUUGAAGACAAUUUAAAUUGAUGUGCUCCUCAGAAGAAGAUAUGCUGUUGCAUCAGUCUGCUGUAAUGAUGUGACUUUCUGUCAUUCUGUGCUUUCCCUUCAGUAGAUCAGCUUUCAUUUGACUCCUCUUUAAAAAACAAAAAAAAGAAGCUCUUUUUGGUUGCAUUUCUUAUUCUGACAAUGCAGCGCUGUAUUCGUGCUGAAUGUUAGGCUCAAACAGGCUUUGAUGUGAUGUGGAACAGUAUUCCUGAGUUACGUGAUGGACUAUAUGCUGCGAGCUGUGAGCCUCCCGCUCUGAUGGAAGACAGAAAUGACGCGCCGAACCGGAGAAACCGCGGGGAAAUAAGGUGGAUGCUCACGAGUUCAAAGUGGAACAACCUUCACCGUUGAUUACUUUCAAAAAUGACAAAAGCUCUCAGCGCAUGCUUUCUGUCAAUAAACGGUGUGCGUGGUCCAUCCAAAACAAGCCAAUGCAGCGUGCUGACACCAUUACGCAAGACUCUGUGUGUGUGUGUGUGUGUUCAUGGGCAUAUGGCUUGUCUUGCGUGUAAAAAGACCAGAGAUUACAAGGGAGGGAGGGAGGACAUUUUUAUUCUUGUAAAUCUAUGCUUAAUACCUCUCUGCCCCUUGAGCAGCUGCCACGUCCCCAACAGCUUUAUGGACGCGCCGGCUCUGCUCAGGUUGGACUGACGUGUGGACAGAGUUGUGCAGCCUCUCCACGUGCCCAGUGAGGGCAGGGACUGGGGCUUGACCCGCUAGGACAAUCCUUAAUUCCUCAUCUGGGUAGUAAUUGUGUUCUUGAAUGAGUACGGGGGGGGGGGGAGUAGUCGCUAAAUGAGCCAAAAAGGAAGACGGCUAAAAUCUAGAAUUGGCGAUGGCGAACGAGAGCAGCCCUCUGAGGACGGUAUGGAGGUCAUGAUCAGCUCUCACUCAGCGAGGAGAAUAAUUUGGGUCCAUGCGUAUGGUUUAUUUUUAAAAGAAGAGGGGAAAUGAAUGGAAUUUGGCACAGCUCCGGUGAACAUAAUUGAUCCUUUUUGAAGCUUUGUCCUGAAUGUUGUGGUGGACAUUUGUUUCAUUUUCACUGUUUGUCAGUAAAAUAUUAUCACGCCUUGUGCUUAAGCCUCACAAGGAGACAAUGUGAAAGAGGCAACAGAGUCUCACAUUUUCUUUCUUGGUGGAUUUAUUCACUAAGUAGACACUUGCAUAAAGACUAUUAAACAGCUUCCAUCCACCUGAAAAAAUAUAUGAGGAGUCGGUAACUGGACAGCACAGAAUGUCGUAAAAAAGGGAGUGUGCACUCGUUGGAUACGUCGGCAACACAAUGCGAUUGUUUGUUAACAAUGUUUCAAUGUAAAAUCAAAAGACGUCCGUCUCAUAGAAAGUGUAUUUUGUAGCUUUUUCUGCUCAUGAUUUUUGUCCAUUAGCAGCACAGUACGUUAGAUAAAGAAACAAAAGAAUGCAGUACUCGUAGAAACGUUUUGUUUGUGUGGUGAAUGGCCUUUUUGUUCGAACCGUAUGUGCUUUCGCUUAUUCCAACAUUUUUUUUUUUUUAGCAUUAGCUCAGUGGCAGCUCAGUAAAUGGACACAAGAAAAGAAUAAUUGUGUAUAUCAUUGUUUUAAGUUCAUCUUGGUGUGCAGUAUCCAUUCAAGUUUCGCACCUUUCUGAUGUCUGGGUUGAACGUCCUUUUGUACCCAAUAAAACAGUGAAACGAAUCCAGGUGUGGCAAUUGAAGCAGCAACUCAAAAACAUGACAGAAAAUCAGAGGGAAUCUGCAGAAAGCAUGUUUGCUUAAUAAAUAUAUAUCACUGAUUUAGUGACGCCAAAGUCACGCGGCAUUUGUGAUAAAUAAACUAGUCUUUUUUUUACGUUUCUGGUCCCCCCUUAUUCAGACAGAUGUGGGUUUUUUUUUGUCUGUUUGGAAUAGUCAUAAUAUUUGUAUGACCAUCCACAGUAAACAUGCGAGGAUACGUCCUCUCAUCUGGGCAAUGUCAUGUUGUCAGUGGACAAAUCUUCUGGACUGGCAGUCGUCCAGGUGGAAAUGAAAUAAUCUGCCCCUGUGGAUUAUGGGUGCUGCUACAAUGUAGGACACUGUGAGCCUUCUUCAUUCUCCUCGACGCUUUGUGUCCAUGUUGCUGCCAGCGUGUUGGUGGUGACCCACCAGGGGGGCCGCUUUUUUUUUUUUUUUAACAAUCUCUGGCCGCCGGCAGCCAGCAAAGAUUUUGACUUUUCUCUGUGAUGUUUUUUCUUGUUAAAAUAAUUGGUGUUAAAUCAUUAAACAGGUCAUUUGUUUAGCAAUACUUGCAAGUUAAGAGACAGAGUUGACAUUCACAGGCUGUUCAUCAAAGCUUUUCAAAAGUCAUCUUCUCCGGCACACUGGGACUUUUAACUGGAGAUAAAUAUACUAGAAUAGGAGCCUCUGGGCAACAGUGCUGGUCAUCGAUCUUGGAUGAAAGCGAUCAUGUUGUGCACCUCAGGACAUACGUUUUACCCCACGAGUUUAUCUGGACCCUGCUGACAAACUUUUAGCCUAUCAGCUGACGUGACGUACACGUGUUUCGUUGUAACAGCGACUACAGACUCUCUUGAAGCACCACUGACAUUAUUGCAGUUAUUCCAACAAUUCUCUACUUCUGAUUUUAAAUGCGUUGCUGCCGUGAUCAUCACUGCACAUCACGAUGAUCCCACAUGUUAAGCAAAAUUCAACUUGAGUUUAAGAAGCAUUUUUUGUGUAUUGUUCAAAACAAAAGACUGCUGAACACAUAUUUAGUGGGUUCAUUUGUAAAACGCUAUGUGGUCCAAGAAUGCAAAAUGCAAGAAAACAAUUAAAAGGAUACAUGUGACACAAA